AUGAAAUUUCUUAUGACUCGUGAUCGAGAUAAUCAUCAUGGACGUCGACGUUCCCAUUCAACACAUUCAUCUUCGUCGUCUCGUUCUCCAACACCACCGUCACCGAAACGUCGUCCAGUAACCAGUGAUAAUACCGAUGAUCUGCUGCAGAAACAUAGUCGGUUCUUCUCUCGUCUACCCGAAGGCCCAUCGAGGGGAAUAAAACGAGAGAAAACAGAUUAUUCCGAUAACUAUGUUCCUUCAAGCAGUUCACGGUCACAAUACAAUCAUAAUGUUGAUCGACAUGAAUUCGAAGCUCGUCGCGAAGAACGUAUACGUAUUGCUGAAGUUGGUGCGACAGGUAUUUGGUCAAGAUCUCCUGCGCGCAUUGAUGAAGAUCUGGAAGAAAAUCUCGAGAAAAAGAAGAAAUCUUCUCAUAAAAAGAAAAAGUCCAAAAAGAAACGCCGAAAACAUUCGCGAUCGUCAUCCUCUUCAUCAUCAGCAGCUGAUGGUGACUCCGAGCCGAAAUGGGUCGAAACCAAAGCUAAAACAUCGUCGAAAUCAACUGAUCAUACUUCACACAAACAUGAUAAUGAAGAGGACGACUUCAUUGGCCCACAAUUACCCGAACAUUUGCGCCAGUCAAAUUCUUCCGGCAAAGGUUCUGGUGGUGAUAAACCUUUAGACUUCGGUAAAGCGCUUCUUCCUGGUGAAGGUGAAGCCAUGGCUAAAUACGUUGCCGAAGGAAAACGUAUUCCACGUCGUGGUGAAAUCGGUUUACAAUCGGAUGAAAUUGAACAAUUCGAAACACUUGGUUAUGUUAUGUCGGGUAGUCGUCAUCGACGUAUGGAAGCUGUACGUUUACGAAAAGAAAAUCAAGUGUAUAGUGCUGAUGAAAAACGUGCAUUAGCAACAUUCAACAGCGAAGUACGAUCGAAUAAAGAGCAAGCAUUAAUGACACAAUUUAAAAGUAUUGUCGAUUCAAAAUUGAAAAAAUAA